AAAGAACAAGACUAUAGCAAAGAGAUACAACACUCCCCUGAGGAUUGCAGCAAAGGCAGCGAAAGUAUCUGCAGGAUGACCUCAUUACAUCAGGUGUUACAUUUUAUCUUUUUUGCCUCAGUUUCUAGUGAAUGUGUCACCAAGGUCUUCAAAGACAUCAGCUUUCAAGGAGGUGACCUAACUACUGUGUUCACCCCGAGCGCCACGUACUGCCGGCUGGUCUGCACUCACCACCCGCGGUGCUUGCUCUUCACGUUCAUGGCUGAGUCAUCUUCCAAUGAUCCUACCAAAUGGUUUGCCUGCAUCCUGAAGGACAGUUUCACAGAAACAUUGCCAAUGGUAAACAUGACAGGAGCAGUUUCUGGAUAUUCCUUCAAGCAAUGCCCCCAGCAACUAAGUGCUUGUAGCAAAGAUGUGUACGUGAACCUAGACAUGAAGGGCAUGAACUAUAACAGUUCUGUUGUGAAGAAUGCUCGAGAAUGCCAGGAGAGAUGCACACAUGAUGCCCAUUGCCAGUUUUUCACAUACGCAACAGGGCAUUUUCCCAGUGUGGACCAUCGGUGAGUGAGCCAGAGUCCGAGCCCCUGGAGAGAAGCCUGCCCGGGGGAAGAAAGCCACUGGUUCUGGUUCAUUA